UCGAUGCAGUAACAUCCCUAACUCUCGUGCUCGGCUCGAAAUUUAAUAAUAAAUUGAAUUUAUUAAUUAAAUCCGAACAAAUCCCGCAAUGGCAUCCAUCCUGAGGACGGGGAAACUGCUGCGCUACUUUGCCGGCUUUACGCGAAACGUGGUGGUGAACUCGGUACGAGAGAACGAGACGAGCAGCCUGGUCAACAAUGCGCCCUGCAUGUGCGGAGGCUUCCAGCACGGAUUUGCCACAAAUGCCGCUGCCAAAGCCGAGCUAAGUCUGGACAAACAGAUCCGCCGCCUGGACCAGGAUGUGCGCCGCAUUGGACGCAUUUCGCGACGAGACCUGGAGGAGGUGCUCGACGAGAUUCGCACGCACAGGACGGCCACCAGCUCGCAGUCCUUGCUGGUGAUUCGCUGCUGCGGCAACCUGGUGCCCGAAGAGCUGCCCGAGGUGCGAACGGCCUUGGUGCAGGAGAUCUGGAAAACCCUUAACGCCUUGAACGUUCCUAUGGACAUCUCGCACUACAAUGCUUUGCUAAGGGUUUACCUGGAGAACGAGCACGGCUUUGCACCCACCGAUUUCCUGGCCGAGAUCGAGGCAAAGGGUAUUGAACCCAACAGAGUCACCUACCAGCGGCUAAUUGCGAGAUAUUGCCAGCAGGGAGACAUCGAGGGCGCCACCAGGAUCCUAGAGUUUAUGCGCGCAAAGAGUCUGCCGGUGAACGAGAAUGUCUUCAAUUCCCUGAUCCUGGGACAUUCGCAGGCCAACGAUCUGGAGUCCGCCAAGGGCAUCUUGAGCGUGAUGAAACAGGCUGGCCUGGAGCCCAGUGCGGAUACCUAUACGACGCUGCUAUGUGCCUUUGCCCGGCACGGAGACCUUGCUGCCCUGAAGGAAACCCUUGCCGAGUGUGAGCAGAAGGAGAUUAUAUUGCUGGAUAAGGAUCUCCUGGACGUCGUCUACACACUGACAAUAAAUGGCAAUGGGGAGCACGUGGACGAGGUGCUAGCCAAGCUGCGUCUCUCCCCGGGCUUCAAUCAGGACGCCGUAAACGUGAUCCUGCGGUUAGUUAACAAGGGAUACGAGGAUGUCGGCAUGAAGCUGCUCCGUGUAAUGCCCCGAACGAGUCGCGUGAAUGGCGAACCUGUAGAUGUGGGAGCCUUCUUUAUCCGGCAAAUGGUGAAGGCCAACCGGCCGGUGGAGAAGAUACUCAACAUUUGCAGGACCCUCCAGGGCGAGGGACUAAAUCCCAAGGCUUUGACCAUUGCCACGGAGGCGGGACUGACCAACGGGGUGGUGAACAAUGCCCUUCCCCUGCUGCACGAGAUGAAGAACGCCGGGUUGCCCAUCAGGCAGCACUAUUUCUGGCCCUUGAUCUGCUCCGCAGAGUCGAACCAAGUCCUGGAUAUUGUCCGUCGCAUGCAGCAGGAAUUUGCCGUAUUUCCCAACUCGGAGACCGUCAGGGAUUAUGUGAUUCCGAACCUUAAGGAGAAGAACUGGGAACGCAUUGUCACCGCUCUCAGGGAUGCUGGCGUGCCCAACUCCACGGCCGUGACCUCCGCCGUGUACUCCGCCUUGGUCACUCACCAGAUUGCCGAUGCUGCCAAGAUUAUGGAGCAAAACAAGGCCUACUACGUGCCCUACCUGUUCAGGCAACCUCUGAUCCUGGCCCUGAGUCACACCAACGAUUACGCUUCCUUCAUUCGCUGCGUUCGCCAAAUCCACGAGGGUUUGCAGGUGAGACAGGGCAAGGAGGAGGAGGCCGAGCAAGGAGCAGAGGGAGGAGCUGCAGUGCCCACCGAACGCAGCACUCCUGAUGUCGUGGGCACCAUCGUUCAGGAGGCCUCCACCUAUUUCCGUCGCGAUCGCGUGGUCACGCUGGAGAAGAUCCUUAAGGGUCUGGUCAAGCAGGGUCUGUCCAUUAGCAGCGCCAAGGCCACGCAGUUGUCGGAGCAACUGGGCUCCGAGCUGACGCCAAGGAUCUCGGAGCUGUUGGGCAAGCUGAGCUCGGGAGAACUGGAACCAGUGCCGCUGCCCAAUAGUGGCAAGCGCAGCCUGGACUCGUUGUCCAUCGAUGAACUUGAACGCUUCAUUGUCACCGUAGAGGCAAAGGGCGAUAAUGCUAACAACAUCAAGCGACAACUGCUGAAUGCCUGCUUCCGAUCGCAGAACCUUGAGAAGACUCUGCAAGUCAUCGAGAAACUGGAUACAGAGAAAUUCCAGAUUCCCAUCGGCAUCCAUGCCCAGCUCAUCGAUCUGUACACGCAUCACAGGAGGAGCGCCGAAGCACUGGAGGCCUACGGCAAGCUGAAGGCCAAGGAUGCAGCUUUCAAGUUGGACAACCUAAAGGCCGUUCGACUGGCCGAUCUGCUGCUGCAGGAGGAGCGUGAGGCGGAGGCCUACAAAGUCCUGGAGGACAACAAAAAGGAUUCUCCCAUCUCGGAGUCGGAGGGAAGCUUCAACUAUGUGAGCACCGUGUGGAGAAUACUCAACUCCCUGGCGGAGGUGGGACAGGCGGAGAAGCUGCGCAAGCUAUUCGAUGCUAUGGUGGCUGCCAAUUAUAUUGUGCCCACGAAUGUGCUCCUGGGACCCCUCAUCAAGGUUCACCUGGUCAAGGAUGACAUACCCAGGGCCAUUGAGGCCUUCGAGGAAAUUUGCAAGAAGCACAAGUCAACGCCAUGGAAGAAUGAGCUCGCCUGCCGGUUGAUCCAAAAGGAGGACGCGGCGAAUCUCCAGAGACUGACGGACCUUAGCACCGGGAUUCACGGGGAAGUCAACAGCUUGUAUGACCUGGUGUUCUCCUUCGUGGAAUGCGGACGCGUGCGACAGGCGAGGAAGAUCUUGGAAACACCCGGACUGCGGACACGUCCCCAGCGGAUCAGCAGUGCCUGCGAUCGGUACAAGAACGAGGGACUUCUGCAGCCGCUGGAGGGUCUCAUUGAGGCCACCAAGGACCUGGGACACAUCGAUCGGAACAAGAUCUAUUACACGCUCCUCCUCAGCUACGACAAGGCCAACGAAGCGGAAAAGGCUCUGGGCUUGUGGACGAAGAUGCAGGAGGAGGCUGUGACGCCUAACGAUGCUUUCCUUCUAAAAUUGGCCGAUAUCCUGAAGAAGAAUAACCUGGAGGUGCCGUUUGUGGUCCCCGAGACUCAAAAGGAAGCUGCCAAGGCUAAGAAAAAUAAGGUUAAGGAUCUGGCAAAGACGGAACAAGUUAAGAUUCCGGAGCAAGCCCCCAAGGAGAAGCUCCCGCCCAAGAAAGAACCACAAGCUAAGGCGGAAGCUGCACCCAAAACCAUUUCCGCGCUGUCUGGCUUCCGUAAGGCCAUCCUGGCCAAUGAUCCCGACACAGCCAUCGAGUACAAGAACAAGUUUAUUAGCGGCGACAAAGUGAACGCUUUGGACACCUCCCGAUUGAUUGAGCUCCUCGUUCGCGCCGACCGUCUCGCAGAGGCCUCGAAAUACGUUGAUGAACUCCUUGCCGGCAACCAGCAUCCGCAGCCCAAGAUCUUCAAGUUUUAUCUAAACAAAAUAGCGGCUGCCGGGGAUCUGGAGACUCUGGAGAGAAUUGGCAAGCAGCUGAACGAGGAGCAGAAGCGUCUCGUUUCGUUUGAUAAUCGUUAUUGUCAUGCCAACAUCGUGGCCGGCAAGGCGGAGCAGUUCCUUCAGAGGCUAACCGCCGAGAUCGAGUCCGUUAAGACGCCCGAGGAGGCGGCCAAGCAGGCCGGCAAGUUCCCCAGAGGUGGCGCCGUGGGCAUACUGGACAAGCACCCGGAAUUGGUGCCGCAGUACCAAAUUCUGGCGGAGAAGUACGCCGCUCACAACCAGCUGGGACCCAUGAAUGUGCUGUGGAUGCAUCUGAUCUCCAGCAACCAGGAGGCUGCCUCCAAGCAGAUCUGGGACAAGUACCUGUCCAGUGCCCCGCGACUGAUGUUCCAGCGUGUUCUGCAAACUGCACGGGAGCAGCAGGAUGAGAAGCUAGCCGGCGUGGUGAUAUCCCAGCUGAGGGACAGUAAGAUCUCCGAGGGUGCCAUCGGUAACGCCUACUCCUGCCUCAUCGACAUCCAGACGACGAAGGGCCACCAUGACAAGGCCCUAGACGUGCUGGCCAAUGCGAUCAAGGACGUCUCCCUGGAGAAUAUCAACAGAACAGCGCUGCUCCGCUUAAAGCAGGCAGUGGAGGAGAAGUCCCAGAAGUUCCCCUACACGAUUCCCGAGAAGCGAGCCAAGGCGAAUGACGACUCCAGCUCCUCGUCGUCCUCAUCCUCCAGCGACGAUGAUGUGUCGCCAUCGAUACCCGAAACCGUUCCCCAAAAACCCGACAGCAAGGCUUAGUUCUGCUCCUGCUACUUAUCUAGUUAAAACCCGUCGUGAUUAAAGUCUAUUUUUAAAAGUA